UCCUGCAAACACAUCUGAGAGAAGCUUGGAACAAAAACUCUGUGCGGGUUGCCCCGGCGCACGUCGCCUCGUGCUGCUGUCUUUGCAUAAAAGUCGUCCAGUUGUUGUUGUUGUUGUUGUUGUGUAGUAGCAGUAUCGUUGUUGACUCUGCAGGUCGCUGCCCCCUCCUCGUUGGACUUAUGUGUUUAUGUUUGGACACGGUGGUGGGACAUCCGGAAUGGGGCAUCCAUAGGAGGAGGACGACGCUGUUGGUAAAUAGAGUUCGAGCGCACGCAAGGCGCGCGUGAGAGCCUGCACGAGAUGGACUUUAAGAAGACGAAGUUUGGAAGGUUCAUGAACUGCAGGGUGCCGGCCAGUAAGAGAUACCAGCCCACUGAAUAUGAACAUGCUGCAAACUGUGCCACACAUGGGUUGUGGAUCCUUCCCAGUCUGCUGGGCGGGUCUGUGCUCUACUUCCAGUCUGUGGACCAAUGGCAUCGCAUGGCCGCCUGGCUCUAUGGGGGUGGUCUCACCGGCUUGUUCGUCACCUCGACACUCUUCCACACAGUUGCCUGGAAAAUCAGCCACCUCCGGAAGGUGGAGCAGCGUUUCCACAUGUGUGACAGAAUAGCCAUCUACUUCUUCAUCGCUGCCUCGUACUCUCCCUGGUUGAUGCUGAGAGAACUCGGGCCCUGGUCGUGCCACAUGCGCUGGCUGAUAUGGGUCAUGGCCUGUGUAGGAUCCAUGUAUGUCUUCUUUUUCCAUGAGAGGUACAAGCUGCUGGAGCUGCUGGGAUACGUAGCCAUGGGGGUUGUUCCUGCUUUGGUCAUCCUGUCUAUGGUGGAGCGUGCAGGUGUGUGUGAGCUGGCAGUGGGCGGUGUCUUCUACGUGGUGGGCGUAGUCUUCUUCAAAAGCGACGGCCUUGUCCCUUUCGCUCACGCCAUCUGGCAUCUUUUCGUGGCAGCAGGAGCGUCUGUUCAUUAUUACGCCAUCUGGAGGUACCUGUACUUACCCGGGCCGCUGCUGCACACGUCCAGGUGACUAACCGCUCCCACCUGAGAUCAUGUGUUUUCCACGUCACAUGACUGACUAUGAGGGGAGAUGAUGCUGAUGAUGACGUGUCAUUUUCUUCAUCUGAUCUCCCUCUGACAGAUCUGAGACUGUGAUGUAACUCCACCCUCUCCAUACGUGCCAAACUUUACCACACAGGCAUUCCUUUACAUCGGUGCUAACCCUCCCUCCUCUAACCUGUGUAUCACAGUUUUGUCAUUUUAUUCAAGUUUUGUCCAUUUUUGCACAGCGGCAAAACAUGAAAAUACAGAGUAGAGUUGGCACUACAACAGACAAACAUUUCACUGAAAGAAACUUCAUGUUAUUGUAUUUUCUCCUGAGAGUAUUUGAGCUAAAAAAAAACAUCUUCUCAGCCACUGGUGACACAAUGAUACAGUCACUCAGAGGACCGACGGGAAGUUGACCCUCUUUUUGUCAAGAUGAUUUAUAUUCGCCAUGUGAUUUACAAAGUUAAAAAGUCUGAUCAUAGAGCUAAUGUAUCACUAACUCUAUUCUCUGCGUCAAAUGUUAAAUUCACAAAGAAUGUCAAGGCUAUUUGAUUAUCUUGUUUUAGAGGACGAUGAUUGCCAGUUAUGUUUUGUUUAAGUGAUGCACUCUCAGGGUACAUUCAGACGGGCGCUGCGGCGUAAAUGCAGGUUUUUCCAAAUCAUUUGAGUGGGAUCAACUGCAGUAAACACAGCGGAAAACUGAGCCGGAUCCAACUUUUGAAAUAAACGCAGCCCAACGUCAUACUGCGGACACCGAUCAGACGCUCAGAUCAGUCAAACCUCCACAGAAAUGUCUCUGAAACUUGGACUAUCCAGCUGGAUUCAUGGACUAAACUCUGAUAGUCUACCUGUUGUGCUCUGGCUUUGUUUAUCUCAUGUACCCAGCUUCUAAAUCUGAGUCUGACUCUCAAUUUAUGCUGCAAAAUAGCGACACAAGUUUAAUUUGGUUUGUGAGAGCGAGUGGUUGAGCGACGUAGACAGUGAAUGAGAGUGAGCGAGCACAAACAUCGAUAAAGACGGUUAAUCAGCAAAAUAAAAAGUUAUUUCCUGAUCGUUUCACAGCGGUUACGUUCAGCACAAACAGACACAGUGUCAGAUAAUCUCUGCGGCGUCCGAUCCAGUCUGAAUGCACCUUAAUCCCCGAGCACUUUUCCAUCAGCAGCAGUGUUGAAUGAAUUUCCUAAAAUCGUCUGAAUAUGGCAGAAUUAACACACGGGCAUGUUAUACAUGUAAAUUAUAUAUAUAUGUGCAGAUUUUUAUACUUCUUUGAACACUGUGUAGAUCACACCUGCAGGUUUUCUUCAGUAGUUUAACUGUUUCUGUUACUCAGGAAGUGUUUUUUAAAAAUCAGAUGAUCUAUUUUGUACAAAAUUUUUAUUUUCACUGUAUUAAAGACAGACACUA